AGCAAAAUAAGUGCAUACACCUGCUUCUCCAUUCAAUAGUGAGUCACAGGGACUGCAGGUAGCAGCUAAAUGACACACCUCAUCACUCCAACUCAACCAACAGGACUGCUGCUAUUUACUGGGACUGCUGAUGAGCUCAGAUUUGAUCACAGACAGUGCAUGAAGACUGGAUUGUGCUGCUGUCUUGGGACAAAUAGACGAGGACAACUUAACUCAAAACAGACACAAACUCCUCCAUGGAGAUUGAAAGCAUGGUGGCAAACAGUGCUCUUAUUAAAGCCCGGGAAGGUGGAAGGAGUAAAGGCAGAAGCUGGAAAUGGAGAGAGAUGCUUCGCUUCCCUCACAUCAGUCAGUGUGUGGACCUGGCUAUGAGCAUUGAACGAGACUAUCACAGUCUAUGUGUGACGCAGCCUAUUGGCAAGAAACUUUUCCAGCUCUUCUGUCGGAGUCGUCCUGAUGUGCAGAACUACAUGUCCCUCCUGGAUGCUCUGGACAUCUUCGACACAAAGUCGGACGAUGAGAGAAGAGAGUUUGGCAUCAGCAUCAUUCAGAGAUUCCUCACGAGUCAGUCGAAUCAAUGUGUACCCACAUUGCUGAGCCAUGAACAGAGAAGCAUCCAGAGACUGGAGCUGGAUCCCUGUGGGGACAUCUUCCAUGACUGCAGGGAAGACCUACACAAACACCUGAGUGGAGAGGCCUUCACACUAUACCAGGAGAGCAUGUUCUUUGACCGUUUUCUUCAGUGGAAGAUGUUGGAGAGGGAGCCCAUCAGCAAGAAUAAAUUCAGACAGUACAGACUACUGGGGAAAGGCGGGUUUGGAGAGGUGUGGGCUUGUCAGGUCCGAGCCACAGGAAUGAUGUACGCCUGCAAAAAGCUGGAGAAGACCCAUGUGAAGAAGCGGCGAGGGGAGGCCAUGGCUCUCAAUGAGAAAAAGAUCCUGGAAGGAUUGGUCAGUCGAUUUGUGGUGAACCUGGCUUAUGCUUAUGAGACCAAGCACGCCCUCUGUAUGGUUCUGACCAUGAUGAGCGGUGGGGACUUGAAGUAUCACAUUUAUAACAUCGGAGUUCCCGGCCUGGACAGAGACAGAGUGUGUUUCUACGCUGCAGAAGUCUGCUGUGGUUUGAUGCACCUUCAUCAGAAGUCAAUAUUAUACAGAGAUCUGAAACCAGAAAACAUUCUGCUGGAUGACAACGGACACAUCCGCAUCUCUGACCUGGGCCUGGCUGUGAAGCUCUCCGAGGGGAGUCUGGUGCGAGGAAGGGUGGGCACGCUGGGCUACAUGGCUCCCGAGGUGAUCGGCCAUGAUCAUUAUGGGAUGAGUGCAGACUGGUGGGGCCUCGGCUGUCUGAUUUACGAAAUGACCUCAGGGCAGCCGCCGUUCAGAGCCCGAGGAGAGAACCCAGGUUCCUCAGAGAUGGAGCGACGGAUUCAGACAAAGCAGGAGGAAUACAGUGUCAAGUUCAGCAGGGAGGCGAAAGAACUCUGCUCCUCGCUGCUGACUAAGGACCCAAGGCAGAGGUUGGGCUGCCAGGGGUCAAAGGGGAGAAAAGUCCAGUCACAUCCUUUCUUCCAAAAUAUCAACUUCCGGAUGCUGGAGGCGGGACUCGUCAAGCCUCCGUUUACACCUGAUCCCAGACAGGUGUACUGCAGUGAUGUGCAGGACAUUGAAGAGUUUUCUACAGUGAAGGGAGUCAGUCUGGACCGAACAGACGAUGACUUCUACGCCAAGUUCAAUACAGGCAGCAUUCCUAUAACCUGGCAAAAUGAGAUAAUAGAGACAGGAUGUUUUAAGGAGCUGAAUGUUUUUGGCGCAGUUGGAACCCGAAGCCUGGACCUGGACUGGACCCAGGCCCCUGACAGCCCCAAACGCAGACACAUCCUGCUGCGCCGAAUCUUCCGCAGACACCAUAUUUCGGACUCCUCAGACGAAAGCAAACAGAGCUUGGUGCCAGAGGAAACCUACCUGAAGUCAGGAAUUCUCAGCACCGCCCUCUGAGGGCCGUCACAGCAGAAACUACUGGCAAAGAUAUUGACAACAACCAGCAUCCAUCACUGUAGCAGCAAAGGACCAUGGGAGUAGACCUCCUCUUCCCUUUAAAUCCAAGCAUCGCCCCCCCCCCCCUUUUUUUAAGACCUACAUAGGUCUAGUUUAUAGCUGCACAAACUUGCACCCAUUCAUUUCCAUCCAUUUGGAAAACAUCGUACAUCAAUUCCUUUUUGUUUAGUACUUGAAUUUUGACAAAAAAUGGAGUAUGAAGCAAUGUCGUAACAUUGUAUCCAGUUUAUUCCCAGCCAUAUGAGCCAUAAAAGAUCUUUGUUGCGGUCACUUCCCUGCCAGGGUUUCAUCCGAGUAUAAUGGACAAAAAAGAAAAACCUAUUCAACCAACAAGAGAUUUUUUCUCUGGGUCAAAAGUAAAGAGAUUUUUAAAGCAAAAGUGUGACAAAUAUACUUGUUCCAUAUUCCCUUCUGGUUCCACAUGUAAAUAUUUACAAAUGGUCUUUGUCUUGUAGGAUAGUCAACUUAAUACCUAGUUUUGGAUUGUUGGAAGGACAACUCAUGACAUUCAGAGAGGCUAUCUUGGACUUGGGAUGGGCAUUUAAAAAAUGUGUGAUAUUUUAUAAAACAAUUAAUCGAGAAAUUUAGAAAAUACUUAAUAUUUGAAAGGCGCACCAGACAUUUUACAUAAACUCCAAUAUUCAGCAUUUAUAAGCAGCAAACUAACUCUUAAUACAUGAGUACCAACAAGACUAAUGUAGUUGAGUACCGAUGGGUUUAACGACAAAUUGAAAUUAAGACUUGAGGGAGGAUUCACUACACUGUGAUACUGGUUUGUCGAGUGUGGCUUACUAACGUCGGCUGGCUAGCUCCAUCAGCUUUCUUUCCUUGUAGGUUAACGUCUACAUACCUGAGCUUAAUGUGAUAACACAUCACUUUAGUUGAGCUUUUAUAUGCCAGUUUAUCCUGUUUUGAUAUAGAAACUGAAAAAUUAUUUUGUCUUCGAUGGUUAUUCCCCAUCUAUCCUGGCAUUUAAUAGUCUAUUCAAAAUUACUUUCCGUUUCUAUAUCAAAACACUGAUAACCCAUACUGGUUUGACCACAAGUCAUCUGUCCCACUUUCCACAUUUGCAGUUUACAAUGGUGCGCCCAUCAGAUCUGCAGCCCCACCUAGUGACAGGCAGUUGUGUAACAUCUUAUAUUCAACAGUUAACCAGCAAUGUAGAAGAAUCAAAUAUUAACCAUCAGGUUAAAUAACUAGUAAUUCCUUUAUCAACUGGUUGGGGGAGAAAUGUUCUAAAAUCAUGUAGCUGAUAGUUCCCACAAAUCUCUUGAUGUAAGCAGCUCUAAGUGUUUAUUUACCCUUUUGUAAAUAACUUAAAACUCCCAAUACACACACCUGUCAUCAGAUGCUGGUAUAUGAACAGGUAAGAGAUGAUGAUAUAGAAAAAUAUAAUGAUAUGAAUUAUGUCUUCAUAGAAACUUAACUGUACAUUCAUUGAUGCACUUAAAUGUCUUUUUAUACAUUAAAUUCUAAAACUUUUAUAUAGUA